GUGUGUGUGUGUGUGUAUGUGUCUGUGUGUAUGUGUCUGUGUGUGUGUGUGUGUGUGUGUGUGUGUGUGUGUCAGGCUGAGUGAGGAGCAGACAGCGACGGUGUGUGAAGGCGUUCUGCAGGCGUUGUCUUAUCUUCACUCUCAGGGAGUUAUUCACCGAGACAUCAAGAGCGACUCCAUCCUGCUGACGCUGGACGGGAGGAUCAAACUAUCAGACUUUGGUUUCUGCGCUCAGAUCAGUAAGGAGGUCCCGAAGAGGAAGUCUCUGGUGGGGACUCCGUACUGGAUGGCUCCAGAAGUCAUCUCCAAAACCCCGUACGGGACCGAGGUGGACGUGUGGUCUCUGGGCAUCAUGGUGGUGGAGAUGGUGGACGGAGAGCCGCCAUAUUUCAGCGACACGCCGAUCAGCGCCAUGAAGAAGCUGAGAGACCAAGCAGCACCUAGCAUCAAGAACAUCAGCAGGGUGUCUCCCGUGUUGAAGGACUUCCUGGACUGCAUGUUGACCCGGGACCCUCAGCAGCGCUCGACCGCCUCUGACCUACUCCAGCACCCGUUCCUGCUGCAGGCCGGCUUGCCGCGCUGCCUGGCGCCACUGGUGGAGACUUACCGCCAACGCACGCCGCUCAGCUGACCCCGCAGACGCACGCCACAGACGCACGCCGCUCAGCUGACCCCGCAGACGCACGCCGCAGACGCACGCCGCAGACGCACGCCGCUCAGCUGACCCCGCAGAUGCACGCCGCAGACGCACGCCGCUCAGCUGACCCCGCAGACGCACGCCGCUCAGCUGACCCCGCAGACGCACGCCGCUCAGCUGACCCCGCAGAUGCACGCCGCAGACGCACGCCGCUCAGCUGAAAGUGCUGUAUUGUUUGAC